AUGACAUUGAAUAAUGAAGAAGUGAAGGAGGUUAAGGACAAAGUAAACUAUGGUGAUGUUGACUUGUCCUUCAAUAGGUACCUAGAUGUGCUAGGAAAAGCGGUGUCGAUGAGUGAUGAUCUUCUUGGCGGUAAUGUGGAUGAGGAAGGUCAAGUAGACACAUUUACGAAGGCUAAUAUAGAGAAAUUGAAACAGACAGCCGAACUUCGAUUUAUAGAUGCCCAGGCCAAUAUCGAUGUUAAGAAAAUAGGCUAUGAGAAUUGGCAGAAAUAUAACGAAAAAGUUUUCAAAGCUUUACAAGACAAUGAAGACAAUUCAUCAGAUGAAUUAGAGAGGUUGAAAUUAUUUCAAGAGAAUUUACGUGAUAGGAUAAAGCGUGUUUCUGAAAUGUACGAUUCAGUAAAAAACAUUAAUCAAGAUUUGGAAUCACUCUCAGAAGGGAAGAGCAAUUUGGCUGUUUCCAGGCUCGAUUGGGAAAAUGAGUUAGGGAAAGAUCUUACUGAAAAAUUAAUAAACAGACGGUACUUGCAGGACAGAUUUGGUAAAGCUAGCAAAACUGGAAAUUUCAAGAAACAUCCUCGCAAUACUGGAUCAAAUAAUGAUCAUAAUGGUGAAGCUCUCCCAGAAACGACUUCAACAAGCUCUACUGAUAAGGGUAACACCGACGAUUCUUCCCGUAACGAUAGUAUUACGGACAUAGAUAGGGAGCAGACUUUAACUGCAUUUGAUGACUUCUCUAAGGGCCCAGCUGAACUGAAACACAUUCAAUCAAUGUUAAAGUCUGAUAUUUCUAGAUUAAAGGAAGAGGUCGAAUCUUAUAAAGAAAAAUGGAUGAAUGAUGCCGAAUUAUUUAGUAAGAUAUCCUCUUUAUUAAAGGAUGAACUGAAAGACAGAGAAGGUACUCGAUAUCCAAGUAAUGAUUCAAAAUCCCAACCUGCAAAUGACGAAGAUGAGGCCGAAUCAGAAGAUGAAGAUACCAAUUCAGGCAGAUUUAAGAGGCAAACUGUCGGAAGGGCUGAAGAAGUUGGUGGUGAAGGUGAGGAAGCACUACUAGCAGAUGGGGACGAUGAUGAAGAAGACGAAGAAGACUCUUCAUCCACUUCGGAAAGUUCUUACGAUGAAGAAAUUGACAAUGAAGAAAAGCAAGAUAUUGUUGAAGAGGAAGAGGAUGCCGAUGAAAAUGAUGAUAAUUUCUCAAAAUCGAGGACUCCUGAGAGAGUGGAUAAUAGUAAUGAAAGUAAUGAGAAAUCAGAUGAUUUGCUCGAAGAAGGUUUUCCACAACCUGAUGCUGAUGAAAAAGAGCAGAAACAAGAUAAUUAG